AUGAAGUUCUCUAUUCUUGGUUUCGCGGCUGCGGCUGCCAUGCUCGUCUCAGCUACUCCCCUGGGAGACUCUUCCGUUGAGAUUCGCGACGAGAGCAGCGUUCUCGAGACCCGCCAGACCUCCAGUGGCUGCUACUACUUUGCCUCUCCUACCUGCUGCGUCCCAACCGUCUGCAUGUGCGCCGGUUCUCGCAUCUACCAGAUCAACCGCGACAACCAGAACCGCGGCCUGCACGGCUGCGACCCCCCUUGGGGAUUCAUCGGAACUGGCUACACCAGCUACCCGGGCUCUUGCUGUCGUCUGGCCUCCAACGGUGCCAUUGAGAAGGCGGAGGAGGAUGGCUCUGUCCAGACAAUCGAGGCUUCCCCCAUGGAGGCCUAA